AUGAGAGUUUUUGUAGUAAGUAGUAUACUAGAAGCAAUUGUUCAAGUGUCGGCUUCUUUCCUCUUGAUGGCCGUUGUCGCCUCCAGUGGAGCCACGCCUCUGAAGAAACUUAGCAAACGUGGACUCGCUUACAACGGUAAUGGUGUCGGAUCGUCGUCAUACCUUCCACCUGUUCCAGAUACAUUCUACUCGAAACCCGUUAUCCCAGCUCCGACUUACGGGGUCCCUUCUGCCGGACCAAUUCCCUUGUUCAAGCCUCCAGUUUCAACCUUCUCUGUUCCGGCCCCGACUUACGGUGUCCCCGCUGUUAGCCACCACGUCUCUUCGUUCAAAGCUCCCCUUCCAUCCUUAAGCACAUCCUUCGUUGCCCCGGGCCCAACUUACGGUGCCCCCUCAGUUGGCUCCCAUGUCUCGUCGCUGAGCUCGACCUUCGUUGCCCCAGCUCCAGCACCGGUUCCAGCUCCAACCUACGGAGUCCCUGUGUCUCAACCGGCUCCGAUCUACAGCGCUCCAGUGUCGCAUUCGGUGGGACCCAUCAGUUUGCCCAGCUCCUCUUAUGGUGUACCAAGUACUGGUGUUGACGUAUCCCUCGGCCAUGUGGGCAGUAAUUCGUACGUAGCGCCCAGCACUUCCUACGUAGCGCCCAGCACUUCCUACGUAGCGCCCAGCACUUCCUACGUUGCACCCAGCUCUUCCUAUGGUGCUCCCAGUGUUAUUCCGGAGAGUGGCCUCAAUCUUGGACUUUCUCUGCACCAGCCAGCCACUUCUUACGGAGUCCCCUCAGUAGUUUCUCACAACACCGGAGUCGCUGCUGACCUCUCCGUAGCACCAGCUGUACUGCCUGCACCCAGUCAUCCGGUAGCCGAUUUCCACGGACAAAAUGACGGAUACUCAUAUCCUGUUCCAUCGAAGCAAUUGCUCGAUUAA